CUUUGUAAUUUGUAUCUGUUUAGUCUUAGUACUCUUAGUCUAGAUUCUAGAUUAUCUCUAGUAACUCUAGUCAAGAUCUAGACAUAAGUUAAACUAAAGCUUUAUAUUUUGUAUUAAAUUAUACUAUUAUAGUGGUUGGCCUGAAGAGAAAAUUACAUUCUAUAGUAAUGGAAGGAAUCGAGGAGUGUGAAGAUUCAUCAGAUCAUUGUAGCUCAUCAUCACUGAGUGCAGUCAAAUCUAAACAAGAUAUUAACAUUGCAGCACAAACAUCUGUAACUAAGAAUAUUAGUACUGUUGGCAUCUCUUGUGGUAGUAAGGAAGCCUCACAGAAAAUCAAGACCACUCAUAAGUCUCAAACACCACGCAAGGGACAGCAUAACAAGUCACCAUCAAAAAGUUUGAAACGAACACCAAAAAAAAACCUUUUAAAAAUCAAAGCUUCAUUUACUACACCUAAGAAAAGGCACAUGUCAGAUGACAAUGCCUCAAAUGAGUUUCCAUCAAAGAGGUUGAAGAAGAAUGAUGAUAACCAGAUGGAUAAUAGAGAGGAAGGUUUGAAGGUUGAAGAUGAUGAGAAAGAUGGAAACUUAAAUGUUGAUGUAGCUCUAGAGGAGAAAGCUGAUAAAAUUAAAAUGAAUGCAAAAAAUGUUAAGUCAGUCAUACAUCAUGUUUUGACUAACGAGCAUGUGAUGAGUAUGUUCAAAAGUGUUCUGGAUUUAGAAAGUUCUGAGAGUGUUCAAAAGAAUUCUGAAACCCCCAAGAAAUGUUUCACACCAGAUAAAUUAGAGUGUGUACCCAAGCUGACAAGAGCUAAAGUGAAAGACAUAUUGGAGAAAGUCUGUGUUCCAUCCCCAAUCAAAUCAGUCAAAGAUGGUCCUAGCAUAUUAGAUGUAGAAUUUGCAGAGGAAGAAGAUGAUGAUGAAUACAACCCAGAGAAAGAUGAAGAGUGUCAUGAAAGUGAUGAUGAUGAAAGUAUGGUGUCUUCUCAAGUCAGUGACUUUGGAUCUCCUUGCCCAGCAACACCCUCUACCCCUAUCACUAGGAAUACUCUUGAAGAAUCAACAUCAACAACACCAGUCCAACCAGCUCAAGGUGAACUAUUACAACUGGGAACCCCAAGGAAUUUAGUUUCAGAAUUUAACAAGAGUGUUAAUCCCAGCACUGAGCAAGAGGUUGACACCAUUGCAUUGAGAACAAGGUCCAAAUUGCCUUUAACCAGUACAUCUAUCACUGAGAUUGAAAGUGCAUUUGUAGCACCAGAUAUCACUCCAGAUUUGUAUGACAAUACUUAUGAGGAUGCUGACUGGGCCCAGUUUCUUUCUUCUCUUUGUAAACCUACAGUAGAUGAAACAAUCACUGAUGAUGAUGCUGAUGCCAAUGAUCCUGAGUUUAAUUAUAUUGCUGAGGCAGAAAGGGAGAAACCAGACAUGGAAGAUUUUAGAUUUGAUAAACCCACUCAGAUUACUAAGAAAGAGCUAACUUCUCUAUUGAAUGAACUCAAUGACAUGUUUGAGGAUGAGCUGUUGCCUCACCAGGUUGUGGCCAGUGUUCCUGACAUGAGUGGCCAUUUACAAGAAUUCAGAUGCACUUCAUCAUCUGUUUUUACUGAAUUUAAAGCACCUCAGCCUGUCUCGAUGCAUCAAAAUGUAGGUACAAACCAGCCUGGACAACAUGAAGCAUCAUUCACUUAUGAAGUGAAUCAGACGUUUGUGCAAAAUGAUCAUCAUCAGCAGCAAUAUAAUGUUGUGGAGUACAAUGACACUGUAUGUAGCCAAGAAGUGGAAAGUUUGUUUACCCCAGGACAAUUAGCUCUGUUAGAAGAUAAUUUGAGAAAGCAUGUUCAACUUUUGAUUCAAAGCUUUAUAUUAUUUCAAGGUCAAGAGUUUCAAAUUGAGCAUGCAACUUCUCCACAAGCUAUGCUGUUUGAGCUAGAAAAGUUUCGACUUGACUCUUCUUCUGGUCAAGGAUCUAUUUAUAAUGUUUGUAAUCUGAAUCCUGCAAUAGAACUUCUAAAAGACAAGUCUUUAUUUUUGCCUGACAAGCCUGGCCUAGAAAAACCAAGUGUUAUACAAUGGAAACCAGAAGUACGAUGCACUUUGACUGAAUUGCAACAAAAAGCUGUUUAUAACAGUACAGCCUUUAUCUAUCCCUCAUUUCUGCCAACUUUGAAAAAAGGAAAAAAUAAAACUGAUAGAAAGUAUAACAAAUUUCUGCCAAGCGAAGACAAUCUGAUCGCAUUAGGCCUGGAACAGUUUCAGUAUUGUAGGAAUGUUAAUCCAGUUGAGCUGAUUCAUAAAUAUCUAAUAAGAGGAAAAAAUGCCAACCAGAUUCACUUUCGUAUACAAUUCAUGUCCUCUCCAAAAGUUGGAGAUAAUCCUAUCAAGAGUGUGAAAAAAACAGGAAAACUUCCAGAUGAUUUUCCUACUCCUGUUGUGGAUGAAUAUUGUCCAGUGGCUCCUAAAGAUCAGAUCUCAGAUAAUUUGCCCAUGUGGUGUUUGACUUUAAAAAAGACAGCUGAUCUGACCCUGAAAAAAUGUCAGUCAUUUGUGUCGCAAAGUCCUGGUGCCAACUCAAAAUCAAAGCGGAGAUCAAAUAUGACUAGAUUAACUUCUGGAGCUCGAUCACUAGAAGAUAGCAGAACUCAAACAUUACCAACCAUCAUUCUUCCCAAUUCCAUGCCACCAGUCUCUGGGAUCUUCAUUCAGUUUGGGACAUCAGCACAUGUUGCAUCAAACCAGAUGUUGUGCCCUUCUCCAUUUCCAGCCAUUGCUCAGAACAUUGUAGCCCAAGCCAAUUGGGACUCAAAUUCUUGUGGCUCAAGUUCUCAGAAGGCAUUUAACUCCACUCCAUCACAGAUGGAGCUCUGCUUGAAACCUGCUGUGGAGAAACACAAAGACAAAAUAUCUGAUGAAGAGUUGAGGCCUGCAAAUGUCAGCCCUUCUUCCCCUGAUGUAUUGGCCAAGACAAUGUUGUCUUGUGGGAUACAAGAGUCACCUGAUCUCUCUCAGUCAACGAGCUCAGUAGAGCCUUUUAUCACAUCAACUCCUUACCAGACAAUAACAAAACAUCCCAUUGUGAGGAACCUUACUACUGCUUUUGAUGCUGCUCAUACUGCAUCCCAGAAAAGUAAUUCAGAUGCUAAUUCUAUUGCACAAGCACCUGUAGUGUCAGAGGCUGGAAAUAAUCUUAGUCAUCUGGAAAAUAGUAGGUCCCAGAGUCAAUCAGACAAAGACGCUACAUUAAAAGCUUGUCGCCCAGGUGUUACUACCUCAUUACACCUGUUAAGUGACAGUGUAUCUGAUCAUGAAAUGAAUCUAGUUAUAGAAGAAUCUGAUAAUCCAUCAUCCUCACAAAAGAAUACUUUGCUUGAAACAUAUGGAAAGGCCUUCUCUAGUGGAACCACUGAGUCUGUUUCAAAUGAUUUGCCUCAUCCAAUACAGUUAAAUGAUAAUAAGGAAGAAAAAUCAGUUUCUUCAGAAAAUUAUAACAUGACUUCUAAAUCAGGGGAGAUUAAUCAAAGUGAUUUUGUUUUUCUAAAUCAGAGUUCACCUACUUCCAAAAAUUGUGCCAAAAAAGAAAAUUCUAGAAGAAAGUCAGUGAAGUGCAGCAAAAAACAAGAAACUGUAAAUAAAAUAACCCAACCUCGUGUCAGUAAUCAAAUUGUGUCUCACAGCACCACAUCUCUGAAAGACUUAGAAGCAAAAACUCCAACAAAACUGAGGUCCUUAGCCCCCAAACCUGACACACCAUCUACAUCAUACACACCUUUACCAAAAAUGAGCCCUAGAAGAAAAGAACUUAACAAACAGGUAAGGCAGAUACUACCGAAGUCAUUUGUCUUUGAGGCCAAGUCCCCAUCACCAACCAAAGCGGCAGCUCUCUUGCUCAAGAAGAAAGCUACUAUGUUGUGUCAUCACCAAAGAAGUCCUGUUAAAAUUUUGCCGAAAUCACCCCAACCCAUUGAGUUAGCAAGUAGCAGGCCACGGGUUAUUUUAACACCUUCCCGGAUGUACACUAGGUCACAGCAUGUUAAAACCAAAAAUCCAGUAUCAACUGAAAUUUGUCAAGAGGAUGUUCUGGUAGAAAAGUGUCAAGAAGUUGUUAGAAAUGAAGUGAAUGAAGCAGAAGAUCUGAAUUUGUCUCAGGAGGAAGAAGAGGAAGAUGAGGCUUUUGGUGAGGAUGACCAGAUUCAGCUGGAAGACCUGAUGGCUGCUAGUACCACUAUACGAUAUGAUCCUAAGAAAGGGAAUAGCAUGGACUCUGACACAAAGACAAAAUCACAGAGAAGAAAAGAUGUUUGCUUGGCUAUGUUGGAUUCUGAUUUGAUUGAACGAGACCCUAAGAAAGAUGAACGGGACACUGCUUAUGCACAGAUUUACUUCAAUAGUGUGAAGGAAGUUCUGAAGGAUGAUCCGGAACGCUUCAGAAAAUUUCUAUUUCUACUUCACAGUCAGAAUAAAGAUCACUGUAAUCCUAUUGAGUUGUAUGCUGAUUUGGCCAUCCUGUUAUCUGACCAUCAAGAUCUAGUGGAUGAUUUUGCUGGAUUCCUUUUGGCUUUCCAAGCUGUUGAGUGUCAGUGUUUUGUAUCCAGUCUUGAAUACCAACAAAUCCGUAGCUUCUUAAGGCAAUUAGAGAUUUACUGUGACACAUCAACCAUAACAUUUCAAAGGACUCUGAAGAUGAUGUCCAAAUGGUUAUCAAUCAAUCAGGAUGCACAUAUUGAUACAACUCCAUUCAAAGACAGAAUAACUUCAGUAUUGCGCCAUGUACCAGGCCUUAUGGAUGAUCUGCUGGCAUAUUUUUUUGAUGGCCCAAUGCCUGAGUGCCAUCCUGAUGACUUUGAGCAUGUCACCCUUGAUGAGGUCUACGAUGUUGGAGAUACAGAUAAGUUUGAGGAAGUUACCUUACCUGAGGGAAGGGAAAACUACAACACAAAAUUGUGUACAUGUAAAUGUCAUGAGGAAUCACGAGAUGAAAAGUUUGUGAAGAGAAGGAAGCAUUGUGUGUCCUGCAGUCUGAAGAUGUUUGAAGGGAAGCCAAUAUUAAAGAUGUACCAUCACACUGACUACCAUGAUGUUUCCAUUAUUUAUCCACUGGAAGAAAAAGAGAAGCUGAGGAAAGCUAAAAAGGAAGCAGCCUUGAUUGCUUUAGCUAAAGCUAGAGCUCAGAGGCAGCAGAAGAAAAAAAAUAAAAAGAAAUUGAGCAAAAUAAAGGCUGUGGAGACCAAAAGAAAAAAGAAAAUAAAAAAACGUAAAAGUCAUAAGGUUAGUAUUUCAGAAAAAUAUGCAUUCACUAGUUCUGAUUCAAAAAACCCAGAAGAUAGUGUUGCACAGACUUUAGCAGAUUCUGGGAAGAAGGAGGCAAAAGAAAAUAAAGAAGAAUCUGUGAUGAAUAAGUGUGACAAUGCACCUGUACUAAUCCCAUCCAAAGAAAGUGAUGGUAUGUCAGAUAGUCCUGCCAGCAAUUUGAUCAGAUCUACUUAUACCAAUAUAUUCAUGCCAUCAGCAACAUCAUCCCCCAUCAACAUUAAGAGCUCAAGCUCUUCAAGUACAUCUCAUACAAGCAGCAUAGCAGACUCCAUAUCACAUGCCAACUUAAACAGCUUGACUGAAACAGUACCAUUAGUUGUUAGUGACUCAACAACUGCUGACAAGCCAUGCCCAGGAAGCUCAUCUAAUGUAACUCUGGAUAAUGAAAUUCAGAACCCUUCUCAUCAAUCUGAAAACACAAAACAACCUCCCACUAGGACUAAAUCUAGUACCAGAGUGUCUAAAACCAAAAGAUCUAAGACAUCCACAGUUGCCUUGCAACCAGAACCAAUAACACCAAUGGCUAAUCCACAUCUACCUGCCAGUAUGCUUCAGCCAAUUUCUUUAAUUCCACCCAUAACAAACUCAACUGUGAGAUUCCCUACUCCUGUUGCACAUCAUCCUAGUAUUUCCACCACACCAAUUAUUCAUACAAGAAUACCUGUUAUGGUAUUUCUACAGCCACAAGAAACCCUCCCAGAAAGUCCUAAAAAAGAAGAGCCCCGGAAGCCAAGUACUAAGAAAUCUAGGAAGAGCAAAUCCGAAGCAAGUAAAGCUACCCCAAGCCUGUCCACUGAUCCAAUCCAGGACAAGGAAGACAAACUCUGUGAUGAGCCAGUAGAAAUUGGGGAGCAAAAUACAUCUACACCUAUAAAACCAGUGAAUGAGGAGUGCAGCCAAAUUGUACAUUCACCUUCAGUAAAAAUUGUCUCUUCACUCUCUAAAUCACCACUGGGCAUAGAACAGAUGGAGCCAUCUCCCCCCAGGACUAGUUCAUAUGAAAACUCUGAUGAAAGAGACAUGCACACUGAGGUUGCAACUGAAAGUGUACCAUGUGCUUCUUCAACUCAAAACAGAACAUUACUGUCCACAAUUGAUCUCCACACCUCAGACACCUCAAGCUUAUUUCAUUUCUCACCUUCCAAGUUUAAAGGCAAGAUCCCAGACGUUGUUAAGGCUUAUCUGGAUAACUUUUCACUUGGUGGCUUUGAUGAGUCUAUGGACAUACAUGUUCAUCAAUUGGCUCAGGCGAUGUCACCAGGUAAGUCAGGAAAUACAUCUUCAAGAUUCAAUCUCCUGGCUUACCUGGAAUCCUCUAAUUUGACCUUGAAAGAUGGCACCAACAUGGGUGUGACCAAAUCUGUCAAUGAGACCGAAACCAGGUUAUCAUUUUCUGGAGCCUUAUCAGAACCAGAAAACAGUAUGCCAACCAAAGAAAGUGGCAGAAUCAAUGAUACUCCUUUAGAUUCAACCACAAAUGUUCAGACUGUUCCUGUUGCACUACAAGAGUCAAACAAGGUGAAAGAAGCAUCAUCAUCAAAGUUAACUGCUGAGGUUACACCAGAAGUGGAAGAUACAGAUGAAUGGUCUGAAGAUUGGGAUAGAUCCAUUUUAACCAUUGUAGCAGAAGAAGGCAUCACUGCCCUGUCAUUAAAAAAGAUUCAACAUUUUAUACCUGAGAAAUCCACCACUGAGAUUCAGGAGCGAGCUAAGUUUCUGCUACAGAUGUUGCAGACGGUUGGUGAUAGUGAAAGUGAUACGGGUGUUUCAUGUGAUGACAGCUCUAAUAUGUGAACAUUAAACAUAGUUUCCUAAUAGUGAAGAAGUAGAAUUUAGUAAGGCACGAAGACAACAAAUGUUAACACUUGGAGAAAGACAGUGGCAUGAACAACUAUACAAAGAGAGGACACUUAAAUACACAUUCACUUUACUUGGAGGCUUAUAAUUAGUUUCCUCUUUUUUCUCCGUUGAUAGACAAAUUUAAAUAAUAGAAAUGCAACCUAUAUUUGUGGAUCAGAUUUGUAUAUCAUGUUUCAUCUAUGUAAAUCACAGCUACACAAUUUCACUUGAUUCUUGAUUUAUUUGUUGAUGUACAUUAUGUACAUAUUAACUUAAGUUGUUUUUUUUUUUUUUUUUUUUUUUUUUUUUUUUUUUUAAAACUCAUAUGUGCAAUAAGCUCCCCACACUGAAACUUUGAAAGCUUUCAUGUCAUUUCAUAGAAUUUAGCACAAAUUUUGUUAUGACAUACACACAAUUAAUUGCAAUAGUACUUUUUGUCCAUGCUCAUAAAAUACUUAGAAAGUUAUUAAAAUUAUUGACAGAAUUACAGUAUAACCUUGAUAUAUAAAACUAAUAUAUUAAAGGCUACAUAAUUUAGAAAAUCCAGACUGAACAUGAGUUUAACCUAUUUAUAAAUAUGGGUUUUAUUGAGACUAUAGAGUCUGCUCUGUUCAGAUCCAUAUUAUAUAACUGUACAUAUUCAUUUAAAUAUUAUUUUUAGUACUUAUAAGAAAUUUAAGGAGUGUAGUAUAUAUGUAUAAAAUUUAAAUCGAGGUGUACGAAAAAACUUAUGUUUGAACAAAUAAAUUUUUACCAAGCUCAUCUUCAUUUCCUACCAUUUAGUUGAAGAUUUCUGUUAGGAAUUUAUUUAUUUUUAUUCCAGAAGUAACAUUUGUAACUGAUGAAACAAAAACAUAUAAUGUCAGAUUUUAUUAUUUUUUUGAUUAUUAAUGUGAGUUAAAGGCCUUGUAUCUUUUAUGCAGUUGUGUAUUUGCUAAUAAUCCAUUAACUGUUUGUUGAUAUCAGAAUCUAUUUGUUGAUAUCAGAUUCUAUUAGAAGUGGUAUUAACACGAGUGGGAAAGGUGUUUGUGAAAAUUUAAAUAGUGAGAAUUUAGAGAUUCUUUUGUAUGGUGUGAUAUGAAGGGAGAUAAUACCGGUAUACUAUAUAAAGUAUCACAUAGCUACAGUCAGUGAAUUCUUAUGAAAGCAAUACAGUUUGUGAUCUCCACUCAUUGUUCUUCUCUUCUUACAACCAUAAAACUAUUCUUCUACCAGUGUAUAUUCAAUAUGGUCUCUGAGUUAUGUUUUUAAUGUUUUCUCCUAAAAUGAGUCUUAAUGCUUGCUAGGCAUGAUGACUGGAUAGUUAUAAAUCUGUGGUAGCAGAAAGAGCUGUGAGAUGUGAUAAGUGACAUGUUGUGACAGAUUGCUGGUAGAAUUUUGAGUUUUCUUUUUGUUUUAUUAUUAUGAUUAUGGAUCUAAUUUAAAAAGAAGUGUUAAAAUAUAGAAAUAGUUUGUAGUACAAUUUUUAUAAAUGAUAUUUGGAUUAUUGGAUACAUUUUUGAAAUUUAGUUUGUAAAGGAUAUAAUAUCUGUUCAUAAAUCAUAAGGAUUGCUUGUUAAAGUAUAUUAAUUGAAAUGAUUAAAUGUUAGUUGAUAGCCUGUUACAUGUAAUAGUAAGACUGAAUGUAUAUAAUAUAAAUAUUUAACUAAAUGACCAUAUGCUAGAUCCAGUUGACAGCUUGUCUUGUCACAUGUAAGAGUUGGGUGUAAAUCACUAAAUGAUUAUAAAUGCUGGUUAAGACCUUGCCAUAUUAACUGACUUGUACUUGUAAGUUUCUAAAUUAGCCACUAAGUAUGUGCAGAUGGCUGGCUGUCACAGACACUUUUAUCUCAACAACUUGUGUGAAGACUAGAGUAGUAAGGGACAAGACAAGGUUAUAGGAACCUAGGUAAGAACUGACACAAUGUAUUGCCUUUAUUAAAAGUUGUUUUUGUUGAACAUGGAA